AAUCUUGUUAGCCAAAAGAUUCACAAGAAUUAACAUUCAUAACUCUUUCAAAAUGAUUAUAUAAGCAACAUUCCCUCCUUUCUCAACAUUUCAUAGCAAAACAACACUUCCAAUAUUCAAACAAGUAACUAUAAGUAAAAAAGAAAUAUGGAACUCUUUUUCUGUUACUUCUUCUUAGGCUUUGUGUUCCUCGUCUUACUUUCACUUCAAAUUGCUUUCUACAAACACCAGUCCCUUUUCUCCUUUGCCAACCUCCCUCCAGGGAGGACAGGGUGGCCUAUCCUCGGCGAGACUCUAGAGUUCUUAUCCACCGGAUGGAGAGGCCACCCUGAGAAAUUUGUAUUUGACCGAAUGUUCAAAUACUCCCAAGAAUGCUUCAAGACAAGCAUUCUUGGGGAGCCUGUGGCUUUUGUUUGCGGCCCACCAGGUAACAAAUUCUUGUUCUCGAACGAGAACAAGUUUGUUACAACCUGGUGGCCGGAGGCCGUAAACAAAGUCUUCCCCACCUCCCUUCAAACAAACUCCAAAGAGGAGUCUAAGAAAAUGAGGAAACUCCUUCCUCAAUUUCUCAAGGCCGAGGCCUUACAAAGGUACGUCAGUAUCAUGGAUACCAUCGCUCAGAGACAUUUCGUCUCUGAGUGGGAAAACAAAGAGGACGUCUUUGUUUUCCCAUUAGCUAAAAGAUACACCUUUUGGCUCGCAUGCCGCCUUUUUCUUAGUGUCGAUGACCCAAACCAUAUAGCUCGUUUUGCUGACCCGUUUCACCUCCUGGUUUCCGGGGUCAUAUCUAUUCCGGUUAAUCUUCCUGGAACGCCAUUUAACAAGGCGAUUAAGGCAGCCGAGUUUAUAAGGAAGGAGCUUAGAUUGAUCAUUAACCAGAGGAAGGUUGAUUUAGCAGAGAAAAAAGCAACAACCACCCAAGAUAUAUUGUCACAUAUGCUAACUAUAACAGAUGAAAAUGGGCAGAAUAUGAGUGAAAUGGAUAUUGCAGAUAAAAUUCUGGGCUUGUUGAUUGGUGGGCAUGAUACUGCUAGUAUUGUCAUUUCCUUCAUUGUCAAAUAUCUUGCUGAACUUCCUCACGUAUAUAAUGCAGUAUAUGAAGAGCAAAUGGAGAUUGCAAAAUCGAAAGUGCCAGGGGAGUUGUUGACUUGGGAGGAUAUUCAAAAGAUGAAGUACUCAUGGAAUGUGGCUUGUGAAGUAAUGAGGUUAAUACCUCCAUUACAAGGAGCUUUUAGAGAAGCUAUGACUGACUUUAUGUAUGCUGGUUUUACCAUUCCUAAGGGCUGGAAGUUGUACUGGAGUGCAUAUUCGACUCACCGAAACCCACAAUAUUUCACGGACCCGGAAAAGUUUGACCCGAGCAGGUUCGACGGCAGUGGGCCAGCACCAUACACGUACGUGCCAUUUGGGGGAGGGCCUCGGAUGUGCCCUGGCAAGGAGUAUGCACGGUUGGAGAUACUAGUGUUUAUGCACAAUGUGGUGAAGAGAUAUAGGUGGGAGAAACUAAUUCCGGAUGAGAAAAUAAUAGCUGAUCCUUUUCCUAUGCCAGCAAAAGGGCUGCCUAUCCGACUCAUUCCAUAUAUAUAAUGCGGGAAAAUAGAUUGUCAAUGAAGUCGUUAGUUGCUUCAAAUCAAAGAAUGUUUUUAAAUCAACCAACUUAAUUGUUAUCGGUCAUAUAGGUUUGUGAUGAAUUAUUUUUUAUUCAUAUUAUUAGUUGUUUGAUGUUUCUAUUAAGUGAUUUCAUGUAAUAGAUGAUAUGGAUAUUAAAUUACCUUGUUAAUCCGUAUGUUAUGAAAUCAUAAAACUACCUGCUCCGGAAAGUCCCCAUCUUCCAUUUGUGAGUUAAUUAGGAGUCUCAUUCCUCGUUCUAUAGGCGUUGGAUCCACAUCUCCCUGUUCAUUUCAGAAAUUAAUUCAAAUAAA